AUGGCAGAUUCAUCCAGCGAUUCAGACAACUUUCUUAGAGGUCGAAUAGGAAGGCGACCACCUAUGAGAGCAUCCCACAACAGAGCCCAGAACUAUGGUGCUGAAGAAGUUACAGAGAAGAUCCAUACUUUAGCAAGCACUUUACAGGAUACCAACAGAAAUCUAAGACAUGUUGACCAUUUGCUAGGACAAUACAGAGAAUACAACAAGGAACAAACCGAAGCAAUAGCAACUUUAAAAGAAACACUGGAACAGUCUAUAGGCCAAUUAAGGAGCCAGCGAUUAUCCCGAAACUCUGGAAUGAGAAGUUCUUCUCUCUCAAGUUUAUACCCUAGUGAUCUGGAUGGAGAAGGAGUGUCAGGGAAUCGCCACUUCCUGCCAACUUCUCCUCUCAAGGAUUAUGGAGACUUGCAGGUCAAUAAACAUCGAAGGUCUAGAUCUGCAAGUGUUCGAUUUCUCAAUGAGGCAGAUCAUUUGGACCAGCUGCAUUCUUUCCAUCAGUCUCUUCGAGAUCUCAGCAGUGAACAAGUUCGCCUGGGAGAUGACAUCAGUCGGGAGCUUUCAAGAAGAAAUAGGACUGAUGCUGAGUUAAGAAAGACUCUAGAAGAGUUGUCUGAAAGGCUCACGGAGUCCCAAAGACAAGAAACGGUAUCGGAACGGGUAGAAAGAAGAAUUCAGGAGCUAGAACAAGAAAUGCGUGCUGAAAGACAGCAUGUAGAACGGCGCCAGAACCAACUAGGACAUAUGUCUCUUCAAUUACAAGAGGCUUUAAGGAAGCAAGAUGCUAAAGCAGAUGAAACAGAAGAACUCAUGAAAAAUAAACUUGUGAAAUAUGAAAGUGAAAAGAACCAACUUGAGCAGGAAUUGGAGCAGUCCCGGAAAAAGCUGAAUGAGUCAGAAGGCAGUAGAGAAGCUCUGUUGCAUCAGAUUGAGGAUCUUCGUUCCCAGCUUUUGAGAGCAGAAGAAGACCGUGUAGAGUUGCAACAUCAAAUUUCACAUGCUGCUAUGCACCACCAGAGCUACCAGGAUCUACAGGAUGAUGACAGGAGAAUUAGAACAGUAGCUGAAAGAUAUGAGAGAGAGAAGCAAGAACUAGAGAAACAAAUUUUAGAGCUUACAGCAAAGCUGAAUCAUAAUGCUGUAAUGUCAGAAGUAGAAGAACUAAAGAGAUGCAUAGAACGUAAAGACAAGGAGAAAGCACAGCUUGUAAUACGCAUACAGGUGUUAACAUCUGACCUGGAAAAUCGGGAGAAGCAGCAGGAAAAAAUGUUGGAGCAGCUGAAGGAGAUACAGAGUUGCUACAAGGCUUGUGAGGACGAGCGCAGACAAACUGAGCUCCAGUCUGCUGAGUUAGCUCAACAGAUUGAAGAGAGUACCAAGGAAGCAGAACGGUACCUCGCUGAAUUCAAGCACUCAGAAGCACUCAGGCUGGAGAUAGAGAAAAAAAGAGAAGAUUUGAAGGUGAGAGCACAGGAAACCAUCCGUCAAUGGAAGGUGAAAUGUAAGAAACUGGAUCGUGAGGUGGAAAAACAAAAUGAAACUAUCAACCAACUGAUGGACAAGAACAGUCAGGCCCUCAAAGAAAAGGAUGAUAUAAAAAGUCAACUUCUCUCUGCUAUACACCAAAUAGAAAACCUUCGGAAAGAGCUGAAUGAUGUGCUUACAAAGAGAGCCCAGCAGGAAGAACUCCUCCACUGCAAAGAGGCAAAACUGAAUGAAAUGAAGUCUCACCAGGUAGCUCUUGAAGAAGAGGUGAAAGAAGUUCAAAGUACUGUAAAUAAAUUGGAGAAUGAGUUGAAAAAGCAAGUUUUUUUACAAAAUCAAAUGCAAGCUGAAAAGGAACUCUUAGAGACAGAACUUGCAAAUAGUAACUUGAUCCAUAAAAAAGACCAAGAAAGACUCUUAGAAAUGCAAGCAGAUGUAAAAAACUUAAGCUCUGUUCGUGUGGAACUAACAAACAGAAUAGCAGAAGAGGAGAAAGUCAAAAAGGAAUUACAUAAAAGCCUUUCAGAUCUCCAGAAACAGCAGGAAUCUAAGCGUGAAGAGAUGACUGCAGCAAACAGGCAGCUGAAGAUGGAAAGAGAAGUUCACCAACAGGAGUUGGCAGAUCUUAGAUUGGAGUUACAAAAUGUUAAAAUCAAACAUGAAAGAAAUGUUCAAGAGCUUAUGAAACUGCUUAGAGAAGAAAAGGAUGAUGCAGAGGCUCAAAUUAAAAUGCUAAAGAUGGAACUUGUGGAAGAGAAAAACAUAGUCAAAACUCAGUGUCGACAACUGGAGAAGAUAAAAAUUGAGUGUGAUAAAUUGACAGAAGAAUUAACCCAAAAUGAAGAAGAAAAUAUAAAACUCAGGCGGAAAUGUGAGUUUGUAAAACAAGAACUGGAGAAAAAGGAUAAACAGAUCAGCAAUGAGGAAGAUCAUUUGAGAAGGAUGGAUGAAGCCAGACUGCAGUUUAAGGAUCAGCUACGUCACUUAGAAGUGGAACAGGAAUCUAUUCUCACCACGAUAGGAAGUGAAAUUGAUGCCGUGUGUGAAAUUUUUUCUCGGGACUCCAUGGAGAAAUACAAAGCAAUAUCACUUACACCAAUGGUGCUGAAUGAUCCUCAUCGCUGGUUAGCAGAAGCAAAGACUAAGCUUCAGUGGCUGUGUGAGGAGGCAAAGGAGAGGGAAAGUAAGGAAAAAAAGCUGCGACACUACUUACUGCAGAGCCGAGAACAUCUCAAGCACUUUACACAGAUGAAGGAGGCUGAACAUCAGUCUCUCUUUAAACAGAUAAAAAAGCAAGAAAAACUUUUGGAAGAAGUUCACAAAGAAAAGAGAGAGCUACUAGAGAAGACCCUCAGAAGAGAGGAAGAAAUGGGAGCUCUUCAGGAACGUAUUAUGGCCUUAGAAGUGAGUACUCGAGUAGCUUUAGACCAUCUGGAGUCUGUUCCUGAGAAACUGAGCCUAUUAGAAGAUUUGAAAGAUAUUGGGGAUUCCCAUUGUCGAAGGGAGAUGAUUCAGGAAAGGUAUAUGAAAUAUAAAGAAAUAGUGUGUUCUCUACAGCAACAGCUGGAAGAUUCAAAACAGAGAGUCCAACAAUUCAAGGAUGUGAAAAUUGAUGCUGACAUCUCUGAUACAGAAGUUGCUGCUCCCUCCUCUAGCUGGCAAACUCAAAACAGCUUUUUGUCCAGUUCACUGCUCUCAGAUUCAGGUUCACUUACGAAAAAAAUGCUUCCUUUUGAUCCAAGUGCCACCAAGGAAGAUUCCAUUAAUGUUGCUCUCAGUGAAAUGAAGCUGCAAGCAGAAAGAGGGAAGCAGUAG